UUUACAGAAAAAUGUGAACAUGGGAUGUACCCACCAAAGGCUGAGUCCAAGGUUGCCAGUUAUGUGAUAAACCUGGACCUCCCCCCUGCUGAGAGAUGGACCAGUCUGGCCAAGGAGAAGGCACCACAGAUAAGGGAUAUGAUAGCAGAGAUCAAGGCGUUUGCCGGAGCAUUUGGUAAUGGAAGUAUCAUUGCCUUGGUGGACAAGUACCUGGCCCCCCUAGCCGACACUCUUCCUUACCCGUUCGCUGAUGAGCUCAAAGGCAUUGCCAAGGCCACAGACAUCCCUCUAGGCGAGGUUGUCCUCUUCAACGUUUUCUAUGAGUUUUUCACCGUCUGCACAUCCAUAGUCGCUGAGGAUCCUUCAGGAAAGUUGUUCCAUGCCAGAAACCUGGAUUUUGGGCUGUUUCUUGGGUGGGACAUCAAGAAUAACACCUGGGCACUGUCGGAGAAACUUCGACCAAUCGUAGUGAACCUGGACUGGCAGCGGGGCGGGAAGACAGUUUUCAAGUCCGUCAACUUUGCUGGCUAUGUGGGACUACUGACGGCUGUCAAACCUCAAACCUUCACCUACAGUAUGAACGAGAGGUUCUCUGCAGAUGGAGGUUACAUUGGUCUGAUUGAGUGGAUCCUGGGCCAGCGUGACGGCUCGUGGAUGGGGUUCCUGACACGAGAGGUGCUGGAAAACGCUACCAGCUUCACAGAGGCGGAGACAAUGCUGGCCAACAGGACCAUGCUGGCACCUGCCUACUUCAUCCUGGGGGGGACCAAGUCUGGAGAGGGAGCCAUCAUUACCAGGUCUAGGGAACGUGCACUGGACAUCAAGAGACUUGACCCAGCCAAUGGCAGGUGGUUCCUUCUCCAGACCAACUACGACAACUGGGAGAACCCGCCGUUCAUCGACGAUAGGCGCACGCCCGGGGACAACUGUAUGGCCAACAUGACAACAGCUAAUACUGAUCUCCCUCACAUCUUUGAUGUGCUGUCCAGUAAGCCUGUUCUCAACAAGCUGACGACCUACACAGCCCUGAUGCAGGUGGAUGAAGGUCACAUUGAGUCGUACAUCCAGGAGUGCCCUGACCCCUGUAUCCCCUGGUGAUGACCCCUGUAUCCCCUGGUGAUGACCCUCAACCACCGUAUCCCUUGGUGAUGAUCCCUGGUGAUGACCCAUGACCACUUAAUUUUGUUGAAAUGACCCCUGAUCACUUCAUCUCUGAUGAUGACCCUUGUGUCACUAAGUGACAGAUGACCCCCACCCCUGUAUUUCUUGGUGAUGACCACUGACCCCUGCAUUCCUUUGUGAUGAACCCUGACUCCUGUGUCCCUUGACUGUUGACCCCUUUAUUCCCUGGUGAUUACCCUUGACCUGUUAUCUGCAGGGAUGACCCAUAGAUAAUCUCAGGUCUCCUACUGGUGAGGUCUCCUACAGAUGUCAUUUCAUGUAGCGUGUCUACAUGUGGCAUGACUGUGUCACCACCAUGUUGGUGUCCCUCUGCAUAUUGAAAAGCAUCUGUAAAUCUCAAGUAAUUUUGGCUGGUUAAAAUCUUCCAUCAGAGUAAUGUCAUGGGAUGUUUUUAAAUGGU